CGACACAAAACUUUUGUUAUAAUAACAGUGUAAGCGAAAUUUUAGGAUAGGAAUUACAAAAUACUAAUAUCUGGACGACUUCAACUAUCAAUAUCUACUUAAUGUUUUUUCCGGUUUUUGUUCCAAAAAGCUUAAGUGUCAAGAUGCAGACAUCGAUCUUGAUUUAGUAUAGCUUAUAGCCGAGGCAAUAAUAAAACCGGCUUAAGAAUGUGCACAAGUGUCACGUGACAAUUGUUUAUUGAUCAUUGACUGCUGUAAACGCUGUUUGAGAUAUGGAAGUUUAGUUUGAAGUGGUUAUAAAUGUGUGAAAAAAACCGAUCACGAAUUUUUACAUGGCGGUUCUAGGAUGUGGACGUUAUGGCUUUUGUUCUCUUGGAUAGUUAUUUCUGUGGAAGGACAAUCACAAACAUGCCCGGUCACGUGGCAAACCUACCAGCAAACAUGCUACCUGUUCUAUAUGGCGGAGCCACUUGAUUAUAUAGGGGCCGUGGAACAUUGCCAUUCGUAUGGUUCCUCAGUAGUGUCUGUAAAUAGCCAGGGUGAACACAAUUUUAUAAUACAACAGCUGAGAAUUUACAACGCCGCUGGGUACGAAUGGUACACGAGUGGUACAUCCGGUGUUGCCAGUAACCACGUGGAGUGGGAUGGAGAUGGUUCAAUAGCUGUGGAGGAAUGGUGGUUUAGUGAAGAGGACAGACUUCUAACAUAUCCAAGAAUCGUAUAUAAAACAGAUAGUGUUGUUUAUGGUUGGAGUAGAGUGCCGUCAGUUACAAAGCUUCCAUUUGUCUGUGAAAUAUCUCAGAUCGAGGCUUACAGGAUUUCUCAAGAUGACAGAGACUUCACUUAUGGUACAAAUUUUACCGAUAUUAACCUUGCACCUAGAGGACCGAGAUUUAUUAUCCAACCAGAAAACUUGGUUGUCGUUGAGGAGGAUUCCAGGUCUGAUACAGAUGGUGAAAGUUUUACAAUAUCCCUUGCUUGUAUGGCGGAGGGCAAUCCUAUGCCUACUUACAGUAUCAGACAUACAUACGGCAACGGAACUGUUGUCGAUAUCACAACAGACAUGGACACAAGAUACACCCUCAUCGGUGGUCGGCUGGUAAUCGAGGAUCCUACAGAAACUAAAGACGCUGGGAUAUAUCAGUGUUUGGCAUCAAAUAUAUUCGGAACAAUAUACAGUGAAGUGGCAAAUAUCACAUUUGGAGUACUCGAGCAUUUCAGUAACGUACAGCGGGCACCUGUUGUUGCCAUGGAGUAUCAAAGUGCAGCUAUUGAAUGCUCUCCGCCACCUUAUAAGCCCGCGGUAUCGUACCAGUGGUAUCGCGGACAGAUUGCUGAUUUCGUACGCCCAGAUCUCAAUCCAUACAUCUUCAUCUCCAGUAACGGAAAACUUUAUUUCUCCGAGGUCACCAAGAACGACGAGGCGGACUACCGGUGUAUUGUAAAGCUCACUUCCGGUUCGGAUGCCAUGAGUACAUAUCAGCCUCCAAGCCGGAUAAGUCUUCCAAUACCACUACAGAUUAAUCACCAAGUUCCGGCGACUUGGGGUCCUGAAAUUGCCGACGGAUUUAUAGCCUCGUUUCCAAAUAAACCGUUACGCGGAAACACCGUGAAGCUGGAAUGUCUUGCAUAUGGCACGCUUCCAUUUACAUACUCGUGGUCAAGGAAAGACUAUCCACUACCUUCCAAAACGACCCUCAGUGACCAUAAUAGAAUAUUAGAAAUAGUCGAUGUCCAGAUCGAGGAUGCGGGGACAUAUUACUGCACGGUUGUGAGAGACACUGGGGCUCGUGUUCAAGCAGUUCAUAACCUUGUUAUUGAAACGCGACCUUACUUCCGGUUCCCUCUGCCUGACCAGCACGCAGAUAUAAAUAGUCAACUGACCUGGAGAUGUGAGGCCAAUACUAUACCAUUGGGUGUUUAUAUUUGGUAUAAAAAUGGUGAACUUUUACACUCAGUACCUGGAGAUAUAGAAAUAAAAAGAAAUGUUAUUACAAUACAGAGUUUAGAUCCAAUGCGUCAUGACGGAAUGUACCAGUGCGUUUGUCUGAAUACCCAUGGUUACUCAUUUAGUUCAGCACAGCUACGUGUUCUAGCAUUCAAACCAUCUUUUGCCAAACGACCGCGGAAAACAAGCCAGACAGCAGCUAUUGGUGGUCACGUGACACUGGACUGUUCACCGGAAGCUGCUCCUUCCCCGGAAUACACGUGGAACAGAAAUGGCGCCAAUGUUAACCCUCCUCCUGAUGACGGUGUUUCACGUGUCAGACUUCUAGCAGACGGCAGUCUAUAUAUAGGUCAGGUGGAUGCCAGUGAUGCCGGAACAUAUUGCUGCAUAGCAACAAAUAGUUACGGCUCGGAUUCCAGCUGUGGCGAGCUUAAAGUAGUUUCAAACACCGUCAUCACGCUGCCACCGCAGAACACUAUUGGUAGGAUAAACGUGACGUCAGUUCUGCUCUGCGACGCAUCAUUUCCUGGAAAUGUUGACAACAUAUUCAUAUGGCGUUUCAACGGACGUGAACUCAACCUAAAUAACAACGCACAUUUAACACUUGGAACAACACAAUAUCCAGGUGCUUUAUAUGUGAGAUCGGCUCGCUACGAACACACUGGCAUCUACACGUGCGUUGCUAAGACAACGUAUGAUUCUGUGAAUGUAUCAGCCUCAUUCACUGUUGAAGGACCGCCUGGGCCUCCAGCUGGUGUUAGACUGGACAGGAACACAAUAACGUCAACAUCUGCUGUGGUAAUCUGGACAGAGGGCGAGACCCACGGGCGCCCGACAGAGUUCCAUAACAUUGAAGCAUGCACUGAGUAUAACACAACUUGGGUGCCUAUCUAUACAUAUAUACCUUAUACAGUAUCACAGAUUACUGGAACACAGAAGCACACUGUAAAUGUUGAAGAUUUAAAAUCCGGUAAUGGUUAUUUCUUCAGAGUAAGAGCUGUGAAUGCUCUUGGUGUUGGUGAGGCCAGCAGAAGUUCAGCUGUAUAUAGAAUACCUGGUGCAGCACCAUCAAAAUACCCGGAUGAUAUAGGAGGAGGUGGAGGAACUGUAGGGAUUCUCACCAUCACAUGGACUCCUCUACCACCGGAAGACCAAGGUGGUUCUGGGAUAGGCUAUGUUGUAUAUUGGAGACUGGCGAACACAACUACCAAAUUUAUGGAAGCAACUGUGACAGAAAACGUUGGACAGUUUGCGACAACGGUUGGCUCAGAGUACUUUUAUAUGUUAUAUGAAGUAAAGGUAUCUGCCUUCAAUGAAUUCGGACCUGGACCUGUGUCGCCUGGAGGAGUUUAUAUAUACUCAGCAGAAGAAAUGCCUAUAGGAGUGGCAAGGAAUGUGUAUGCGUGGCCAUACAACAGCACAGCUCUAGAGGUCUCGUGGGAUGUAAUACCAAACGACAGAGAACAUAUGAGGGGAAAACUUCUUGGAUAUCAAGUGAACUACCAACUGCGUUUUGUGGAAGGUGCGUCACUUGAUGCUAUAAGCUGGCGAGGGGAGACAUCUAGCGGUAUAGUGAUAGGCUUAGACACGUACACUUGGUAUACAGUUGAUGUUCAGCUACUAACAAAUGCGGGAAUGGGUCCUAGGGGCGAAGUUUAUCAUGCACAUACACACAAACAAGCACCAAUCUUAUAUCCUACUGAAAUCCAUAUAUACUCUCAUACUGCGGAGAGUGUAAGAAUAGAAUGGAGGGGAGUCAGCACUACAAGUGUGGAAGAAAAUCUAGAGGGUUACAAGGUCCGCUACUGGCCAACAACAGAUGAUGUACGAUCUGCAAAAGAUGUUGUAACAGAUAGAAUAGAAACUGAAGCUGUUAUAUAUGGAAUACAAAAAGACAUAGUUUAUGAAUGCAGGGUUUUAGGCUUCAGUCGUGGAGGGGACGGAAAACACAGCUCUUCUGUUUAUUUUACUUUAGGUGGGCUGGUAGCGUUUGAUCCGUCAUCAUCGGAGAUUUUAGCAUCAGCAAAUAGCUUUCAUCCAUCAUACGUCACGUGCAUCUUAUCACUCGUUUUUGUUUCUUUUAUAAAUACAUGUACAUUUUUCUGACAACUUUAUGUGUAAUUAUUUCGUAAUACGAUAUAUAUGCAAUUCCCAAAUAUUAUGUAUUCUGUUAUCUACCACAUGUUUUGUUUCAUUCAUCAGUGAAUGCAAAUUGUGCAUUGGUUAUAAUACUACUAGUACUGAGACAAGUAGACAUUUGUUUGAACAUUGUGUAUUCAAAAUUAUGUAAACUAGCUUCUAGAUUAAGAUAUAUUUUUGAGUGCUUUUUAUUUUUUCAGUUCGUUUGAACCGGUCUAUAUUCUGUAUCGUCUCUUUUAUUUAUCAUAUGAUAAAUUUACAAUCGCUCCUUUGAGAAAAUAGACAGAAUAGACUGACGUUAAAUUUACAUUAAAUCCAAAUGCAAUCUUCUUUUUUGAGAUGUUUUAUUUUCAGGCUGCUAGUCCACAAACUAUGGAGUAAUGUUUGUGACAUCAAUUUAAGAUAAUUGACCACUAAUAACAAUUGGCAAUAUCAGUGCGAUUACAAUAAUCUCGCAUGCUUAUUCGGCAUCUUUCGGCCAUAACUGAAACUUGCUUUUUCAUAACUGUCGGAGAAUGCCAAAACCACUUCGGAGAAUACGUAAUCGGACGGAAAAUACCGAUUGCAAUUUCGGAUGUACCACCUUAAAAUAAUAAAUACUGUUGAUAAAUAUAUACAUUGUAUGCUUUUACAGCUUUAGAAUUGAUAUAAUAAUAUAUUUUAAUACAUUUAGAUUAUUUCUGUCCAAAGAGAACUUUAAAAUUAUGUAGAUUUUGUUGCACAUUGUAUAAUCUAUAUCAUUUUCAUUUAAGUUAGAAAGAUUUAUGUAAAACGGUUUUCUUUCUUGCUAACACAUUGAUGGACGCAAAAUUGUCACAUUAAACCGUGACUAACUAUCAUAUAAAAGUAGUGGCCGCCACUUUAUAAGACCUGCACUUUUGUACAGUUUUAAUGAUUUGAAGCAUCUUAAUCUUUAUCUCCAAACUUUUACUGGACCUUGUCUGCAAUCAUGUUUUCAAGUUACACGUUUGAAUAACUUCUUUUAUUUCAUUCGUUUUUUUAACUUUGUCAUAAAAACAUAAUAAAUUGAACAUUGUAGUAGUAAUAAUAAUAAUGAUAUCUUGAAAUCGGCGUGUAAAAUGCGGAUCUCUUUGAUUAUUGGCAAAUAUCUGAAAAACAAACACAAGGACCUAUUCAUUCUAUUUCACCAAAAUAUAGUCAAUAUGUUUAUUUACGACUGUAAGAAAUUUCAUUAAAAUCUACAUUGUAGAAAAAUUCUAUUCGUGAAAAUGUUUUCCCCAAGACGCCCAUUAUGAAAACUUGUGCGAGGUCCAAACUUUUCAAAUUAGUCUAGCAAAAACCAGCCACAGACCCUAUCAUUUAUAUUUGCCGCAUUAAGUAUACAAAUCAGGGUUUAAUCAAAUUCUACAUUGUACUCGAACGUGCAGAACUACCUUAAGAUAACUUUUUCUAUACUUUGUUAUUUUGUCGCACAUGUAGUGUUAUGUUCACAUUUUGACAUUCAUAACCACAUGUUGUUAUUAAAUGUCAUAUUUUUCUACAAUAAAACAAUAGUGUUAAUUCUUAA